AUGAAGCAGAGCCCCGCAACCGCGGCCGGCGGGGCGGCCGGCGGGGGCGGCGGUAGGGCCAGCGCUGCUUCGGGCGGCAGCGGCGGCGGCGGCGGUAGCGGAAGGGGCGGUAAAGACGGUUCCGGGAACGCGCCGCAGAUGGCUAGCCUCUGCCUCGAGAGGAUGGUCGUGGCGUUUUCUACUCCCAUGGGGGGGGCGGACGGCGAGCGACCUACUGCUGCUGCGUCUCGAACGACGGCCGGCCGCAGGAACGGCUUGCCGGUACAGCAUUACCACCACAGCGGCGGCGACGGAGGAAGCGGCGACGGCGGCAAAGGGAAAGGUGGAAGAGGGGACGAGAGUGCCACCCCGUCCUCUGCCACCCCGCCAGCAGGGAAAAUGCCGCCGCCGCCGUCGUCCUCGUUGUCUUCCGCUGGUGCUGGCUCGAAGGACGAUGGUCACUCCGCAAAGAGGCGGAAGAGGACCAGCGAUGCCGCCGCCGCCGCCGAACGUGGUGGUGAUGGCGAGGGCGAGGACGGCGAUGCUGCUGAUGACGAUGACGCCGUCGAUGCAACCGCAGCAGCUGGGGCAGCGGCAGCAGCGGAAGGCGGAGGAGGAGGAGAUGGCGUGGAGACCGCACCGCCGGCGGCAUCGUCCAACAAGAAGGGGAAGGGAAAGGCGAAGGGGACCCAGCCGUCAUCAUCAUCUCCGGGAGGAGGGGCAGCAACCGGAGCGGUGGCGGCGGCGGGGGUAACACCCUCGGCGAGUGCUCCCGCGUCUUCCCCUCCUCCUGCUGCUGCUUGUCGGGGAAGCGACCGGGAGGCCGGCGGCGGCGGCGGCGGCGGCGGCGGCGGCAACACCGGCGUUGAAAUCAAGACCGAGGUUGGAGGGGUCGGCGACGGCGACGGCGACGGCGGCGACCGGGUGGAGGAGAGAGGAGAGGAGGAGGACGCUCUCGCGCGGCUGCUGACGGGAUUACCACCUUCCGUGCCGGCGGCGACGGCGGCAGGGCCGGCGACAGCGGUAGAGCCCGAUCCGAUGGAAGAGGAUGAGGAGGAAGAACAGGAGGAGGAGGAGGAAGACGAGGAGGAAGACGAGGAGGAUGAGGAAGACGAGGAAGAGGAGGAGGAGGGGGAGGAGGAGGAGGCCAGCGGUGGCAGCGGUGGCCGGGGUGUCGGCGGGAGCGGCGGCGCUGCCAGCACCAGCGGCGGCGGCGGUGGAUGGGGCGAUCUGUUCACGGCCCUGGGAGGGACCGAAGCUUCUUCGUCUGGUGGUGGUGGCGGCGGCCGUGGCGAAGAUGGCGCUAGGUCUGUUGUUCUGGCAGGCGGGCUAGAAGCAUGGCAGGUGGCUUUCGUCCUUGAAGUCGCGGACGGGGCUGUCCUGAGCGCGUGGUCCAAGACCCUGGGAGACAGCGUGGCUGCGUUAGAAAGCGCCGACGCUCCGGAGGGAGAACUCGAGCCAGGCUGGCUGAUGCAGUCUCGCUUGUUGUCGUCCAUCGCUCGGGUGGUGUCGACGGCUCCCGUGGCGGUACAGCAGCUCUUCGACCUCGGUGCGCGCACGAAACUUUCAGCUUGA